GCACCGCGCGCUACAGACAGCCGGUGACGGUCCCGUGCAGCGCGCUCUCGAGUUGGGUGAGGCAGGCAGGCCGGACGGAGCGGAGCCGAAGAGACACAAUAGCGGCUUUAGUGGCGAGUGACAGCCCGAGGUUUUAUUUCUGAUCGUCCCUGCUAAGAGUCCAGCUGCUCAACAUGCGCGAAAUUGUCCACCUGCAAGCCGGCCAGUGCGGAAACCAGAUUGGAGCCAAGUUCUGGGAGGUCAUCAGUGAUGAGCAUGGAAUUGACCCAACUGGCACCUAUCAUGGGGACAGCGAUCUACAACUGGAGCGGAUAAGCGUCUAUUACAACGAGGCCACAGGUGGAAAAUACGUGCCAAGAGCCAUCCUGGUGGACCUGGAACCUGGGACCAUGGACUCUGUGCGCUCAGGCCCCUUUGGACAGAUCUUCAGACCCGACAACUUUGUAUUUGGUCAGAGCGGUGCUGGGAACAACUGGGCGAAAGGCCACUACACAGAGGGCGCCGAGCUUGUCGACUCCGUCCUGGAUGUGGUGAGGAAGGAAGCUGAGAGCUGCGACUGCCUGCAAGGGUUCCAGCUCACCCACUCCCUUGGGGGAGGCACUGGCUCAGGUAUGGGCACCCUGCUGAUCAGCAAGAUCCGUGAGGAGUACCCCGACCGCAUCAUGAACACCUUCAGCGUGGUGCCCUCCCCUAAAGUCUCCGACACCGUAGUGGAGCCCUACAAUGCCACCCUGUCUGUGCACCAACUGGUAGAGAACACGGAUGAAACCUACUGCAUCGACAACGAGGCUCUGUAUGACAUCUGCUUCCGCACACUUAAGCUGACCACCCCAACCUAUGGGGACCUUAACCACCUGGUCUCUGCCACCAUGAGCGGCGUCACGACCUGUCUUCGUUUCCCCGGGCAGCUGAACGCCGACUUGAGGAAGCUCGCCGUCAACAUGGUCCCCUUUCCCCGUCUGCACUUCUUCAUGCCAGGUUUUGCCCCCCUGACCAGCCGAGGAAGUCAGCAAUACCGAGCCCUUACCGUGCCUGAGCUCACCCAGCAGAUGUUCGAUGCCAAGAACAUGAUGGCCGCCUGUGAUCCACGCCACGGCCGCUAUCUGACCGUUGCAGCUGUUUUCCGUGGUCGCAUGUCCAUGAAGGAAGUGGAUGAGCAGAUGCUCAACGUCCAGAACAAGAACAGCAGCUACUUUGUGGAGUGGAUCCCCAAUAAUGUCAAGACAGCAGUGUGUGACAUCCCACCACGCGGUCUCAAAAUGGCAGCCACCUUCAUCGGCAACAGUACAGCUAUCCAGGAGCUGUUCAAACGCAUUUCUGAGCAGUUUACCGCCAUGUUCAGACGAAAGGCUUUCCUCCAUUGGUACACUGGUGAAGGCAUGGAUGAAAUGGAAUUCACCGAGGCUGAGAGCAACAUGAACGACCUGGUAUCCGAGUACCAGCAGUACCAAGAUGCCACUGCCGAAGAGGGAGAAUUUGAGGAGGAAGCAGAGGAGGAAGUCGCUUGAAGUGGCCUGGCUGCCACCCCCCGUCUGUCACUUCUCAUCCCCCCAAUUCAGUAGGAAGACUGGGGCUGCUUUGGUUGUCCUCAUUUGUUUUUAUUUUUUUAUUAUUUUGCAUUUUUGCACUCCCACCCAGGAUUCCACGAAAAAACAGACUGGAACUUUGUUUCUCUCGAAAUCGUCGUCUCCAUGUGCUCUCUUUCUCUCUCGGUCCCCAGCCUUCCCCUCCUUUCCUUCUUCCAUCUUAUUCAGUGGUGUUCAUGUUCAUAUGAUAUUUGUGAGAAUUUAAUGCACUAAAUUGUCAUGGUCACGUCUUGCCUUGCCAACAUUCAAUUAAAUCCAAGAGUGAAAUGUCCAAGCGGGCUUCUCAAGGUUUCUUCAAAGGCAAAUUCAGUGUAUGUGGCAUAAAUAAAAGUUGAAACCUUUGAACUCA